AUGUGGUUUGGGGGCGCGGGGUUGGGCUGGGGCGACUCUUGGGGAACGAAGGGACCCGAGCCCCUAGAGCUGGGGAGGCCUUGGCCGUGGCCUCCCCGCCCCCGGCUGCGUUCGGGCUCCCCCCGGGGACUGAUGUCGCGCGCUUGCGUGCUGCGGCCAGCGCGCCCGACCCAGAGGCCGGCCCCAGAAAACCCCGAGCGAGGAGGGGGCGGCGCGCAGGGAGGGAGGAGAGCCGGCGGGGUAGGGGGUUGGUGGGUGUUCGGGGGUGGAGAUGUAGAAGAGGUGACGCCGCGGCCGGGGUGCCAGACCAGCGGACGCAGUGCCCGCGGUUGCAACCGGAUCCCGGGCGCUGCAGCUUGGGGAGGCGGCUGUCCCGAGCGGCGGCCGCGGAGACACCCAGCCCGACACCCCAGCGGCUCGCCGCGCGCCAGGGCCGGCGGAGGGCAGCGGCUGAGUGCGCGAGGGGCUCGGGGGCCCCGGCAGGACCCCGGCGGUGCCAUGGCAGCCGGGAGCAUCACCACGCUGCCCGCCCUGCCCGAGGACGGCGGCAGCGGCGCCUUCCCGCCCGGCCACUUCAAGGACCCCAAGCGGCUCUACUGCAAAAACGGGGGCUUCUUCCUGCGCAUCCACCCCGACGGCCGAGUGGACGGGGUCCGGGAGAAGAGCGACCCUCACAUCAAACUACAACUUCAAGCAGAAGAGAGAGGGGUUGUGUCUAUCAAAGGAGUGUGUGCGAACCGUUAUCUUGCUAUGAAGGAGGAUGGAAGAUUACUAGCUUCUAAAUGUGUUACGGACGAGUGUUUCUUUUUUGAACGAUUGGAAUCUAAUAACUACAAUACUUACCGGUCAAGGAAAUACUCCAGUUGGUAUGUGGCCCUGAAACGAACUGGGCAGUAUAAACCUGGACCCAAAACAGGACCUGGGCAGAAAGCUAUACUUUUUCUUCCAAUGUCUGCUAAGAGCUGAUCUUAAUGGCAGCAUCUAAUCUCAUUUUACGUGAAAGAAGAGGUAUAUUUUAGAAGUUUGUUAAUGAAAGAAAAAGAAAAAUGUGCACAGCUAUCUGCUCAGUUUGGAUAACUCGUCAGAUAACCUUUUAUCUAAUAGUAAAAUAUUUAACCGUUGCCUUAGUAAAAAAAAAACAAAAAUUCCUGGAAAAUGUAUAGAAUUCCACUUUUUAUAAAGCAUUUGCCUUAAUCCAGUGAAGCUUACUUAGAGCUACAAUCUUUUUUAUAAAUUUGCUUCAUUUGAAAAGAGGCUUUUAAAAUGUACACACUUACAAACAAGUUUCUUCAUGGAAAUCAUACACAUUAGAAAAUUAAAGUCAGACAUUAGUUAACCCAAAAUGUCCACUACUUCUUGUAAUAUGGUAUGCAUUAAUCUACAUGUACAAUUUACCUAAAUUUUCUUAAACCUGUAAAUAUGAAUUUAAUCCAUCCCUGUCAUAGUUUUGUAGUUGUCUGGCAGUUCCUUGUGAUAGAGUUUAUAGAACAAGCCUGUGUAAACUGCCGGAAGUUCUUCCAUGGUCAGAUCAAUCUUGUCAAACCCUUCUCUGUACCCAUACAGCAGCAGCCUAGCAACUCUGCUGGUGAUGGGAGUCGUAUUUUCAGUCUUGACCAGGUCAUUGAGAUCCAUCCACUCACAUCGUAAGCAUUCAUGCUGGCAAAAAUUUAUGGUGAAUGAACAUGGCUGUAAGCGGCAGACGAUAUACAUAUCUGACUUCCCGAAAGCUCCAGGAUUGGUGUGCUGUUGCCGAAUACUGAGGAGGGAUCUGAAUUCUGCUUUUAUACCAGUCUCUUCAAAAACUUCCCGAACUGCUGUCUCUCCUACAUAAAAGAAAGAUGUACAAAUCAAUAAGGAUCACAUUCUUAGAAAUUUAAUCAUCAAAGAUUUUCAGAUAAAGUUAGCAUUAUCUAAAGGUUCAAAAGCAAAACUUCACCCUAGGAAAGUGAAGUUUUCAAUAUAAACUCUUUGCCUUCUGGACAUCCUGAGAUACCAAAGUAUUUUCUUACCACUGUACCUCUAAGAAGCUUUUGAAAUACUGAAUAUUUUUUUGGCUGCUAUUGGCAGGCUUACCCACCUGUAUAUUUUUGGGGUCUCAUAUUCUUAACCUCUUCCUGCUUUAUUUCUCAAAAGGUGAAAACAUAGGUUGCAAAGCUGCAGUUAAUAUUCCUACGUAUGUCUUCAUUAUUAUCCUGUGCCUGCUCAUCCAUCAGAACUGCCUAAGUGUACAUAAGUCAGUAUUGAGAAAAAGUGAUCCAUUCUUCCUUACAGAAGUCUGCAGAGCUGCAGAAUGUAUUGAACUAGGAACUGAUUCAAAUCUCUCCUGGUGAUGUUGGGUGCGACUGUCAAGCCUUUCAAGUCAUAGAGCAGAUUCCUUUAUAACCAUUUUGUUAUGCUCCUCUAGUUAUCCUGUCAGUGGAAUCCCACUAUGGUAAUUUUUGACUGUUUUUUUGGUUUCUUGAGAUUCCAAAGAACUUGGAUUUAUUCCUCCAACACCAAAAUGCUGUAGUCAUUUCAUCAGAUGUUUU